AUGAGCGAUAGACCAGUAAGAAGACGACGUCAAAGAAAUCCUUAUUUAUCAACUGCUAGUAACGCGUUUUUUGUUGGGUAUGUUGAAGAUGAUGAACCCGUCGAAGCAAUUAUGAAAAAAUUUGAAGAAUUGGAAAAAAUUCAACAAGAAAUUGCUGCCACUAAACCUGAAAACUUAAUUAAUGAUGAUAAUGUUGAAGAAGAGCCUUUGACUGAGGAACAAUUGGAAGAAGUAUUUAAAAGAACUUCUACAUUUACCGUCAAAUCUGCUACUCUAGCACCAAAUGUUGAUGAUUUUGAGGAUAUAGAAUUAUGGAGAAUAGAAAUGGAAAAUAGUAUUGAAGAAUAUUAUGAAGAAGAUGAUUACAUGGCAGUAGAUGAUGAUUUUUGGGAUGAAGAGUUUGGUGAUAAAAAGAAAAGAAAACGUGAUAAAAAAGAUCAGCGUCUUAAUGAAAAAGCAAAACAAUUACAAAAAUAUAAAAUUUUACAAGCAAAGCGUGUUUUUGAUAAAGAUACGGAAGGGUUAAGUAAUUCUUUAGGACUUUAA